AUGAACGUGUGCGAGCUCUACCGUACGGAAGAGACAGAAUACGACAAAACAUGCGUGGCAGUCCGAAAGAUGGAUAUAGCAGUGGAAAAGGGUGAAGUCCCAUGUAGUUGUAAGGAUGGUGAAACAUGCGAUACUAAAGCAAAGAAAUGUGUCCACCAAGAGUGUGAAGCGUUCGCAAGCCUCGACCAUGGUCAAGUACAGGGUAACAUGUACCACAUUGGUGCCCGGCUGAUGUUCAAGUGUGACCCAGGUUGGGUGGAGAAAAGUCGGAAAUCAAGUAUGACGUGUCUUCAGAGCGGCAGCUGGUCGUAUACGCCCGGAUGUGUCGUAUAUUCAGCUGUGCUGGGCGAUGACUGCAACGUCCGACCGGCAGUGUGCUCGAACAUCUUGAACUCGCAGUGCACGGGAGGCACGUGUCAGUGUUUGAAGGGAUACGAGAAAACAGGCGUGGCAACGUGCAGUAAGAAAGCUUGUCCGGAUUUGACGGCCCCUAUCUACGGAGCAGUGGUUUUCAAUCCGAGCAAGGACUAUCUAAGCAAGGCAGAGUUCUCGUGCAAAGUGGGCUACACCCUAACGGACUGUGGGGCUAUCCAGGCCCCAUCCAGCGGUACAAUCGACCAGGAAACCGGAACCACCUAUGGAAGUACGAGCUAUUUCACGUGCAACACCGGAUAUACGCUCAUAGGGGCCAUUUCGACCACGUGCACGAGCACAGGAAACUGGGAUAACCGGAAACCUGUGUGCGAAAUUAAAGACUGCGGUACGUUGUCGGCACCAAAGAACGGUGAAGUAGAUCUCUCGCAGGGGACCAAGUACGGGGCCAAGGCAUCCUUCGCGUGUCAGACCGGCUACACGCUCGUGGGGCUGCCCUCCCCGACAUGCACUUCAGCCGGAACUUGGAGCUCAGCAGCGCCUGUGUGUCAAAUCGGAACACUGCCGAUAUGUCCUCAGCAACAGCUACUUGGUGGAAAUUGA